CCCGACGAUGUCGUUCACCCUCCCACCCAUCCUCCUCCAGCUCCCUCGCAACCCGGCCGUCGCGAUAGGCCUCCCGCUCGUCCUCGGCAUGGCCGAUGGCCAGUUGACCAAGUCGAGCCUCAAGUCGUGGUACCCGAGCCUGCAGAAGCCGCCCGGCCAGCCGCCUCGCUGGGCCUUCCCCGUCGUGUGGACGACGCUCUACGCCGGCAUGGGCCUCGCGUCGCACGUCCUCGUCAAGGCGCUCGACACGGCGGUCAUCGGGUCGACGACGAGCCGCCUCGCCAUGAGCGCGCUCAAGCUCUACUGGGUCCAGCUCGCGCUCAACAUGGCGUGGACGCCCCUCUUCUUCGGCCUGCGCAAUCCGACCCUCGGCCUCGUCGACAUCCUGCCCCUCACGGCGACGACGAUCGCCCUCACCGCCAAGGCCGCCCAGGUCGACCGUCGCCUGUCGCUCAUCUUUGUGCCGUACUGCGCGUGGCUCUCGUACGCGUCGUACCUCAACGCUGGUAUUUGGUGGCUCAACGGCGGUCAGGCCAACGUCGACAAGGCCAAGAGGGAGCUGCGCAAGGACUAGCUUCGUCUGUGCCGCUCUCCCUCCUCGCGCUCGCACUCUGUGUAGUCAAUUUUGUUUGCCGUCGUAAUCCAGUCGUGAGACAGUGCCUUUCC